AUGAGGGCAUGGAGAACAGGUGAGUGGGGAGGAGGAGCAGGUGACGACUUGCGUCGAAUGACAGCAGGUUUCAUGGGCAUGGCGGUGGCCAUCAUCCUUUUCGGUUGGAUCAUUGGUGUGCUCGGCUGCUGCUGGGAACGAGGCCUCAUGCAGUAUGUGGCUGGCCUCCUCUUCCUCAUGGGAGGAACGUUCUGCAUCAUCUCCCUCUGCACCUGUGUUGCCGGCAUCAACUUCGAGCUUUCCCGUUACCCUCGGGACCUAUACGGCCUAACUGAUGACAUUGGCCACGGCUAUGGCUGGUCCAUGUUCUGCGCCUGGGGAGGCCUCGGCCUCACCCUCAUCGCUGGCUUCUUCUGCACCCUGGCUCCCUCUGUCCAGCCGAUACCCCAAUCCACCUGCCCCAAAUCCAGGCAGGAGAACGGCACUGUCUGCUAAAGCUGGCAACUGUUAGCUGACCAACUGAAACCACAGAUUGACAACAAACAAACAGAAAAACUGUUCCUUGUUUCCAUCCGUCUGCUUAUCUCCAGUUUCUCCUGGAUACAGAUUUCUUUUUUAAUUGUGUGUGUUUAAAAAUGGGUGUCUUGAUGACCUGCUAUCUUGAAAAAAAAACUGAACUAAAGAAAUAUUGUCAAAAAUGUGAAGUUAUGCUUGUUUUGUUGUUAUGGAGCAGAA